AUGAAACUCUCAGCCUUACUCACAACCGCCGUCGCGCUGACGGUCGUCAAUGCUCGCGCUGUCGAGACAAGAGAUGACAACGACAAGAUGGAAAAGAUGAACAACACGAAAGAAAUGGACGGUAAUAACGCAGAUAUCUACCCAGCUCCAAUGGCCAAUGGAGGCAAGUCGUGGGGUGACGCCUACAAGAAAGCUUCUGAUAUUGUCGGCCAAAUGACGGUCGAGGAGAAGACAGCAAUUAUCACAAGUGCGCCAGGUAGGUGUGUUGGAACGACUCAGGCAGUUGAGAGACUUGGAAUACCGCGCUUAUGUAUGAUGGAUGGCCCAACAGGUCCGCGUCCAGUCAAAGGUAUCUCUCAAUCAACUAGUGGUCAAACAGCUGCUGCAACUUGGGAUAGAGAUCUCAUUUACCAGCGCUCUAAGGAUAUGGGUCAGGAGUUCUUUGAUCUCGGCGUAAAUGUAGCAUUGGCUCCAGUCGCAUCAGGCCCAAUAGGGCGUAGUCCAUUAGGAGGACGCAAUUGGGAAGGCAGCUACCCCGACCCAUACGCCAACGGACAAUUCUCCCGUCUCUCAGUUCAGGGAUUGCAGGAUAGCCAUGUCGCAGCGACUACGAAGCAUUGGAUAAUGUACGAGCAGGAGACAUUCAGACACCCAUACAACACGUCCCAACCCGAUAACAUCUACCCGCUACUCACACAAGAACCAGUCUCAUCCAACGUCGACGAUUACACUACGCACAUGCUUUAUAUGCCGCCAUUCGCCGAGGCGAUUAGAGCAGGAAGUGGACACGUGAUGUGUUCUUACAACCAAAUUAAUGGCACUCAAGCCUGUAACGACGCUCACUCUCAAAACCACCUCCUUAAGACGGAGCUUGGAUUCCAAGGCAGUGUAAUCAGUGACUGGGGUGGUGUUCACGAUACCGCUGCCUCGAUCAGGAGUGGCAUGGAUGUUUCUACACCAGGUGUUGAUGAUGUCGGAUACAGCAUGGGUACUUUCUACAAGGACCUCGACAAGUUGGUGAACAACGGCACAGUUGCAGAGGAUCGUCUUUCAGAUGCUGCAAUCAGAUUCCUCACCCCAUACUACUGGCUUGGUCAGGACAGCGAACAUACCCCACCGGAAGUUACUUUCGACGCUGCAUCUGGAUUAGAUUUGGAGAGCGAGUACAAAAACGUCAGGAAAGAGGGUACAGCAGAGCUGAUCCGCAAGAUUGGCACUGAUUCAACGACGCUGCUCAAGAACACGGGCGGUCUUCCUCUCAACCGACCACAGCGUCUAGUGUUGUUGGGCUCUGACAUUGGCUCAAACGUACUGGGACCAGAUGGAUGCGGUGACGAUCGCACGAAAUGUCCAAUGGGUAACUUCAACGGCACAAUCUCCGUCGGCGGUGGAAGUGGAUCUACCAUCCCGCCAUAUGUCGUCUCGCCUCUCGAAGCCAUCAGGGAACGCGUCGAGAAGGACGGCACGGAGAUUUCGUACGCUAUGAAGUAUGACGAAGAUCACAUCAACAAAAUCUCUUCGAGAGCCGAUGCUACUGUUGUAUUUGUCAACAACUGGGCUGAGGAAAGUAAAGAUCGCCACAACAUCGAUCUCGAUGAGGAGCAAGCCAUGAUUUUGGACGCGGCUGUGAAGGCGUCGUCUAACGUUAUCAUCGUUAUGCACACACCAGGCGUUGUCAAUAUGGAGAAAUGGGCUGAUAAUGACAAUGUUACUGCCAUUGUCGAGGCUUACUACCCUGGUCAGGAGACAGGAGAUGCCGUUGUGCCGAUCCUCUACGGCGAGCGCUCCCCUAGUGGCAAGUUGCCAUUCACUUGGGGCAAAUCAUUGAGCGACUACCCACCAAACACUAUCUCAACAGACGACUCCAUGACACCUCAAGCUGACUUCAGCGAGGGCGUAUACAUCGACUACAGAUGGUUCGACAAGAAGGAAAUCGAACCUCGCUGGGAAUUUGGUUUUGGUCUUUCUUACACUACUUUCGAAUUCUCAGAUAUCAGCGUCGAAGAGAACUACAAGAAGGACGAGAAUGAGGUCCAGGCAACUAACGAGCCAUUCGAGGGAUCGGACGGCACGAAUAGUCUCUAUGACACGAUCAAGACUGUUAAAGCGACUGUUACCAACACUGGUGAUGUAGAAGGCUGCGAAGUUGUGCAGCUUUACGUAACCUUCCCUGGAGAUAACAUGCCGGUACGCGAAUUGAGAGGUUUCGAGAAAGUAAAAGACUUGAAGAGCAAUGAGAGCAAGCAGGUUGAGAUGGAUCUCCGCCUCAAGGACCUUUCAGUGUGGGAUGUCGAGCGUCAGACUUGGGUGAUGCCUUCGGGAGAGUUCAAGCUGUCCGUCGGCUCAAGCUCUCGUCAACUUCCACUUCACACUACCUGUACCAACUAA